AUGGGCUCUAAGUACCAACGGUCUGUGCGGGGCUGCCUGCCUCCAUGGAUCUUAACGCUGGAGGUGAUUCUCUUUCUUGUCUUCUUCUUUUUCACCUCCUAUGACACUUCUUCAAAGGCUCAGAAGGAGUUCCUGGGGACCUAUCAAGGCUUCCAGGAUGUGGUCAUCAUUGCAGCCCUUGGCUUGGGCUUCCUCAAUACAUCUUUGCGGAGACACUGCUGGAGCAGCGUGGCCUUCAAUCUCUUUCUGCUGGCUCUCGGGGUACAGUUGACGCUCCUGCUGGAUGGCUUCCUGAGCCCGACCUUUUCCAGGAAGAUGAGCAUCAAUCUGACUAGUAUUCAGAGAGCCACCGUGAGCGCUACGUCUGUGCUGAUCUCAGCGGGUGCCAUCCUGGGGAAGGUCAACCUGGUGCAGCUGGUGUUCAUGACAGUGAUAGAGGUGACCGCCUUCAGCACCACAAGGAUGGUGGCCAAGAGAUUCCUCAAUGUGGACAACCACGUAAACAUGAUGUACAUCCAUGUGUUUGCGGCCUAUUUCGGGCUGACUGUGAGCUGCUGCCUCCCGAGGCCUCUGCCCACUAGAGGGAAGGAGAAAGACCAGACGGCCACGAGCCCCAGUUUGUUUGCCAUGCUGGGCACCCUCUUCUUGUGGAUGUUCUGGCCGAGUUUCAACUCCGCUCUGCUGGACAUCCCAGACGAAAGGAAGAAGGCUAUAUUCAAUACCUACUACGCCCUCGCGGUCAGCGCGGUGACAGCCAUCUCAAUGUCAGCCUUGAUUCACCCUAAAGGGAAGAUCAACAUGACUCACAUCCACAAUGCAGUGCUGGCAGGAGGUGUGGCUAUGGGCAUCCCCUGCUACCUGAUCCAUUCUCCUUGGCUUGCCAUGGUGCUGGGCUUCAUAGCUGGGCUGAUCUCCAUCGGGGGAGCCAAGAUCCUGCUGAUGUGUCUUCAACACAAGCCUGACGUCUUUGGUAUCUGCAACAUCUAUGACACAUAUGGCGUGCACUACACCUUCGGCUUGCCUGGUCUGCUCGGAGGGAUCACCGACAUCGUGCUGAAGGCACUUCAGGUCAAGUGGACCGAGGUUUCCAUGAUCGGCUACCAGAUACUCACUGACCUCGGGGUGCUCAGCUUCGUCAUCGUUAUGGGUGUGGCGUUUGGUCUUCUGACAGGUUUUCUCUUAAACUUGAAUUGGUGGAAACCACCUUCUGUGACUAACUACUUUAAUGACCAAACCUUCUGGAAGUUUCCACAUUUGGCUGCUGGAUAUUAAGCAAAAGCAUCCAAGAAAAAACAAGCCCUGUUUGAAAACAAGACAACUUCUUUCCCUGCUGCCCGCUAUUUUUUGUGUGUGACAAACACUCAUUAAGCCAAGUCUCCUUAUGUACAAUGAAACAAGGUCAGAGACAGAUUGAUGUGAGAAAUAAAAGACUAAAACCU